AUGACCGAGAACAAAGACGGCUUGGGCCAGGGCUUUCCAGCGGGCCGCACGAACCUUCGCCGUAUCCCCGCGACGGGACGCCAUCGCCCGCGUACGCUGCUCCGUGCGAUGCGCCGAACGUGGCGAAAUAACGCGCAGAAGGGACUGGAACCGCGAACGCCCCGCGCGCAUUCUGAUGCAUUCUGUCCAGAGCUGCCGACGCGCGACAGACGGAGCAUAGGGAAGCUCGUCGGGCGCAGGGAUUCGCUGCUGGCAUGCGCCGCACGCCCGGCGCGACGGUGGGACGGAAUCCGGACAGCGCGGGGCCUGCGCCGCGACGCCGCCGCGGAUCGCGCAUGGAACGGAGUGCAUUUGGGUGCCCUCGCCGCGGCAGCGGGCGCCUCGUCGACGGAACUUACGCGAGGAUUCGCGCUGACAGGAGCCAAGUUAAGGCGGGAAUGUGACCUCCGACUCAUGGCGCGUGUAGACCCGCAUUACGAACAGGCCUCGAGGCUACUGGACGCUUCUAGCUGGGCGCGGUGGUGUGUGCAUGACGGCGUCCGAGCGGGCGAGUUCCAAGCGGGCAUCCUGUUAGGGGUUGCGUACUACAUCCGCGAUUGCGGUCGAAGAGCGAAGGCAGAAGCCCGGAUAGCUGAAUGGACCACACUUCAUGCGGGCGCCGUGAGGCUGUUUCGUGGCCUCGAGAAGUUGCCUGCGAAGCCCGUGGAGCUUCAGUACGAGACGCACGUCCAUAACCAGCUUUCGGAGAUGAUCUCCUGCGUCGCAAACUCUGUUGUACGAGCCCAGAAGACUCAGUGGAUCCACCAGAGGCAGAUGUUACAGAUCUGGCGGAUCAGAGAAGGGUGCUCCAUGGGCUUCUCGUUCGAAGCCAUCAGCAGCAAGCGCAAGCUGGGGCCUGAGACGUCCAACAAGGGUCAGGACACAGCUUCAGACUGGCCCGCGCCCCUGCCGUCUGGCGUGGCGGUGACAGAACAUCGCUGGCUGAUGACAGAUUCCUGA